UAACACAGCCACAGUAAUGUUUUCGUGAAAACAGAAAUGUGAUUUUUGUUAAUAAUUUACGGUUAGGUAUAAGGAUAAUAUUGUGGUUAAGGUUAGGUUUAAAAUCCGAUUUUAAUAAGAUAAAUGAUAUAGGCGGGGUUUAUGGCUGGGUUAACUAGUGACGACCGAGCAAUGUGUGUUCGUCAGAGGCAGUACGCGAGUGCAACACCAUUCGCAGUUCAAUCACGCUGUUAGUAAAAUGUUGACGACACCAAUUUUCGGCUUUGUAGUUUAAUAUCCAGAGUGGUUUUGUGUUUCCGACACGGGGAAGAGAAGUCGACAGAGAAAGAAGCAGCAUCACAAUAGCAAGCCUGGUGGAAGGGAUAGUACGGACAAUGAUGUGCGUUAGAGUUGGCAGAUGCGUCCGCUGAUCUCCCAGGGUUAAAAUGGAUGUCUGGAGUCACCAAAUGGAAGUUGAUGACUAAAGAGGGUCAGUGGUAUAAGGACUGGUCAGAGGUGCCAGCCGACCACCACACACAGAUCAGACCCACCAUGUUCCCUCCCCCCUGGAGGAGGGGCUGCAGGGUAGCCUAGUGGUUAGAGCAUUGGACUAGGUUGCAAGUUCAAAUCCCCGAGCUGACAAGUAUGAGGAUCCUGCCCCAUCACCAGAACACUGGAGGCUUCUUUGUAGCUGUCCUGGUCAAGAAAGCCCCCAUGUCCUGGAGCAGAACAAUCCCCAAGUUGAGGAAGGAGCAGAGAUCCAGCUCAGUGCCCCAGCCAGAGGACUCUCCAGUGGACACCCCCCUCCUUGAGAGACCCCUGGAGGAUGGAGACGGAGGAGAGGAGGCAGGAGAGGACUCGCCCAAAGAGCUAGUCGAUCAGACCAAGGAACCCAACGUGUGUGGGUGAUCAACACAGAGGUGUAUGUGGUCUCUCAACAGCGACGAGGAGGAGUUUGGCUGUGUCUUCAGACUUGCCCAGGAGGGUAUCUAUACUCUGUUCCCCUACAUCUGCUCCAGGAUGAUCACAAUCAGUGUUGAGGACAUCAAGAUUCUACUGACUCAGGAGAACCCGUACCUCAACAACCUGGAGGAUGAUGCUCACCAAAAGGCCAAGAAGAUUGAAAUGGGAAGCAUUGUUCUAAAGUAUCGGCCUGAUAGUAGUAACCCUCAUUGUCCACAGUGUCCUAUAGAGCUGUGUGGCUGGAGAGGCAAGACCUCCAUCAGAGCUUUUGUACCCCGCAACGAGAGGUUCCACUACCUCCGCAUGCUGGGGGUCGAGGUAUUCCGGAACAAACAGGGACCGGGGCCCAGGGAGAAGAGGAGAAGGUGGAGACGGAGAACGGGAACAAAAAUGGCAGCAUAAAAGAGGAAUUGAAAGUAGAGGUGACGAGCACCUGACAGGGGAGGGGAGAUAUUUACCAGCACCUGAGGGGAGGAGUAGAAAUACAUUUGUAUCUCAUUAGUCUUAACAAGUUUCCCUCUCUUUGUCUCCACCAUAUUGGUUUCACCCUUCUGUUUUUAUAUCAGUGGAGAUAUAGGUGAGGCGUUGAACCUCUUUAGACUAUUGCGACACAGGGAUUAAGGGAAAGGGAGGAGGAGGUGCUGUAUGAGCUGGAGCUAUGCUGGCCAGACUAGGGCUAGACCAAAUGUGAGGGAGAAGAGAUGAGUGGGGUAGCUCAGUAGAACUUCUAAUCCACUGCCAUAGCAGAAAGGCCACCCCUUGACCGAGCACCUGGUCUUCCAUGCUCCCCCAGACUUGGUACACUCCAGGGGUCGACGCUUUAGUAAAUUAUUUUAGUUUCUACUGCUGAUUUGUUUUAACAGGGAACUCCACUGGCAAACAACUUUUUAAAAUUAUUAUUAUUGUUCAUGUUUGAAUGUUUAUCAACGGCUAUUUCAUUUUCUAUCAUUGUAAGGAAGAUGGAAUUGA